UCUCCAUCCUCACACGCCCGAUCACCAAAGACGCUUACUAAAUUCGUCAAAACUCAACGACGCAGUCACGCUUCGACCACAAGCCAUUUCCGAACAUUGAUCUACCGCGCAACCGACCUUCCAAUCAAUUCAAUUUCCAACAACAAAACGCCGACGCGAUAAAAAAAAAUCAAUCCGUUCAACCCCGACGCCGACCGACUACGGUUCAAUCUUGACCGCCUCAAUACAAUCACUUGAUCCCUCAAGGUGGCAUACUACCGCAGCAAUGGCGACAAUGAAACAGGAAACGAAUUACUGUAAUAGUAGUUACGGCGAGGUGGCCGCUGCCCGUCAGGCGAAUGUCCUUGCCAGCUGCUACCUCGUCGACAAUGCCACUGCGUCCCUCAAGGGACUUCACUACUGCACUACCAGCGUUACGGGGGCAGAGUGGUAUUCCUGAGGUCCCCUCCUCAGGACUACCAUCGCCACCGACAAGUCCCCCCCUCGCCGCCAUCACGUCUGACAACAAGCUCGCUGUGACUCCCAAGUCCAAGCAGCGACGCGUCCAGUCGACGUCGAACAACAACGCCGGGCCCGGUGGCCUCGGCUCACCCCACCUUAGGCGAGGGGGGGCAACAUCGCGCAUCAGGGAAGAAUGUGAGAGGUUCUUCUGCGAGACCAUGUGGUCCUUGUUCCGGGAUGAGCGGAACUCGGCGCCGCGUGGCUCCGGCCUGACGGGUGUCCAUCAACAACAAGAACGACAAGUACAACUAGAACAACAGUGCUAUCAGCUGGGCGGCGGCGGACGAGAGUCCAAUGGCCAGCUGUGCACUCCUCCGGACGAAUAUCCCUUCCCGGACAGCUUCGUGGCGGCCAGCAGCGGACGAAAUCCCCCCGGUCGCGUCACAGCCUGGCUGGAGCUUUGGGACUACGUCGGCGGUGCUGGUUUCCGGGGUUUCUUGGCGGAGGAUGACGAGGGCGAGAAAUCGGCCUUUAUCUUCUUUGACCCCGGAGUCAUGGGAAGGGAUUUGAAAUCAGCGUUGGUUGCUGCCAUCGAACUAGCCGACGGGCCGCUGGAAUGCUCCCACCUCGUCGUGGCUAUCGACCGAUCAAUACCUGAGAGGGAUACCAGAUCGCUCAUGAAGGGCCUGCAAUGGGCUGGCUUUUCACUCGCCAGCCUAGACCGGUGGGCCGGCGGCUCGCUGGACGUCACGAGCUCAAGGUGGCUCUUCAUGGACUACGAGGUGUAACGGGCGGGAAUUCAUCUAUUUUUUGACAACGGUAACGCUAUCAUUUCUCCUUUUGUCGAUCGUUUUUGGAAGGCAUUGUAUUUCUCUUGCUCUGAGAGCGUGAGAGAAAAACAAGCCAGGGAAGGCUGUCUUUUUGCGUGAUAUACUUUUUUUUUCUUCUGCUUCCUCUCUUAACAUCAUCAGCCUCAUCGAGGUUCUCAUCCCUAAAGUCUCCUGUUGUGCUCUUCUUCUGUCACACGGUGUACUAUUUUCCGCUGUACUACAAAGACUAUUCUUUUUGUCUAUUCUUACGGGCGGGCACGGUCACAUUUGAAAGAUACACCAAACAAAGCUGGAGGCCUUCUUCUUGCUGAUGAUUAAAUGAUUGGAUAGUUUCGGAG